AUGCUUUUUUGUAAACCUUAGGUGGAAUUGUCUGAAGAAUAGAAGAAGUUAAGAAGAUGGGUUAAGGAAAUCUAAUUGCUAUAGCAUUAUGGGUUGAAGAUUGGUUUAAAUUAUUGCAUAUUUGAUUUCGAUGUUGAAUAUCUAGGGAAGAUCUAUAAGAUACACACAUUUAGUGGAGGUCAGAACAAUAAAGUAUGUCAUAUCCUUAUGUAGGAAAUAUUAAUACUCCUUCAUGGAUACGGUGGAUCAAAUCUUCAUUAUUCCAGGAUUUAUGGUGAAUUGAUAGAGAAAUUCAAGGUAUAUUCCUUGGAUCUACCUGGAAUGGGAUAUUCAAGUAAAUCAGAUAUAAAAAUGGACUCUUGCGAAGAAGCAAUGGAUUUUUUUAUGGGGACUAUUUCUAAGUUGGUGAUGGGGUUGUGUCCAAAUCUGUAAGUGACUCUGAUUGGUCAUUCCUUUGGUGGUUUUAUAGCUGCCCAUCUUCUUGUGAGAUUCCCAAAACUAUUCAAAAGAUUAAUACUAUUAAGUCCUGCAGGCACUACUUAUUACACAGAGGAAUAGAUUAUUCAAAAACAAGACUUCUCUCAAUUGUCAUUUCUGAGAAGAAAGAUGAUUGAAUAUGCCAAAGGAUUAUGGGAAGGGGUGUUUGCCAUCCCGUAAUAUUUGAAUGAUCGUUUUAUUGGGAGAUAGUUUAUUAAAAUCUAUUUAAAACACAGAAUGCGUUUAAGUGGGAUUGAGUAUACUCUCUGGAAAUCUUACAUUGAUGAAAUGUUGGAAUUGCCAGAGGGAUCAGAAAAGUCUAUAUGCUUAUUUUUCCAUUUCCCAAUAUUUGCUAAAGGUCAAAAUUCGAUUGAGAGUAUAUUAUCGAUGAAUGGAAAUCAAAUUAAGAAUAUUCCAAUUUCGUUUUAUUUUGGCAAUUCUGAUUGGAUGGAUUUUAGAGGAGCAAUGAACUUGAAUUUCAAUUAAAAUAUUAGACUCAGAAUAAUCCCUGAUGCUGGGCAUCAAUUAAACUUCGAGAACCCUUAAGGUGUUGUUCAAGCUAUCGUUUAAGAAAUAUUUCAAUGA